UCGAUAAAAAAACAUAAUUGCCACCCUUAAUUACAUUCCAAAUUUCUUAUUGAGAAGUAUUACAUUCCAUCUAAAGCCAAGAAGUAAAAUGCUUCCAAAAAUUGCAUGCCCGUCCUUUGCAUUAUAAACAACCAUGCCAGGGCAGUUAGCUCGUCCCGCAACCAUUAGCUGAAUAAUACACAUCCCAGCAGUCGGUAACCUUGGCUAGCUCUCUCAGCACUCCCCAAACAACCUCGCGAACUCAGGAUGAGGCCGUUCUACACGAUGCUACUAGCCCUCGCCCUUGUGCUGCUCUGCUCAGAUGUGGCGACGAAGGCAGUGACGGCAAAUGGCGGUGGCGCCACUGCGACUGUGACCCCCAUGGACUGCAAGGUGCUCCCGACCAUUCCCGGCAUAUGCAAUCCCAAGAAGUGCAUGGAGGACUGCCAGGGCGGCAUCGGCCGUAGCUCGGUGGGCGAGUGCGUUUCGACGGAUGCCAGUGCACGUACUGCACUAUCCCGCCUCGUGGUCGUCGGAACUGAACGGAGAACAGGCAGACGCUGCUGCAUGCUUCUUUUUCCUGAAUAAUAAUGAUAUAUAUGUUGAAGACGAUGUUUUGGUCGAGAUAGGAUAUUAACCUCCUUCACUGUCACUAUCA